AUGCUGCACAACUUCCUUCAUGAUCGCUUCGAGGGCUUACUUCGCCGACUUGGACAUCGCACGGCAAUGUGCAAACCCUUUUCCGCCGAGCUCUUGCACUUCUUCCAAGAAGACAUGCUGGGGCUUGUGAAGGUCGAUGAAGAGCAACGCCAAUUGGCUCCUUGUUUUGCCAGAAGCGUCAGCGUCGACGUCGACCGGUUCAUGGUCAACUGGUCAAAGGCAGCCCAACCUCCAAAAUGUGAAGGGCUGGCGUUUUUAGCCUCCAAGGCAGCAAAUGCAGCGAAUGACAAGCCCUUGGGUCGAGAUUCGGCUGGCAGAGAGACCAGGCCUUGGUCUUUGAAGGCUGCACGCUCCUGUGCUCGAGUUUCGGUAGUUUCGGAGGACUUGAAGGUCACACCUGACGUGCUGUGCGACCGACGGAUACGAUACGUCAACCGGAGCUCAUCGUCUUCCAGUCCACCAAGCCUUGACGGCUUGAGAAGCAUGCUAUACGUCUACCCUUACGCAAGUCCAACGCAAUCCAACGCCUAG